ACUACACGGUGUUUAGCUGGCCAUCAUCCCCUAACACAAAGAGAAGAGGGCAGCCAGAAGACGGAGAGAAGCUUUUGUUUUUUACGGUUGUCCAGUAGCAGUUGCAGGCGUGCCACUGUGUGAAGCACGGGGGAACUGACACCUGUGUGUGGGAUAAGUGAUGGAGCCUGUUCACCUUGUAGAAAUGCAGCGUGAUAUGCAAGAUGCUGUUGAUGUCACCUCGUGGGUGUCUGUGUGUCCCGGAGGUCUCUGGAAGGUUCAGCGAAAAUGGAAGCAUAAGUGGACUCAACAAAGCUCUUCUAAUACUGGAGAUGAUGCAUCUUGGUGCCCAAAGCUGGGCUCACUGUGUCGAGUCAGAGUUCAACUCAAAGCCCAAACAGAUGAUGCCGAUUGUUUGUCUACAAAAGGAAAUGAGAAGUUAGCCGUUACUGUUACAGAAUUAGUGCCAACGCCAAUUCUCAGACGCCAGGAUGCCUUGCUCCAGGUCCCGCUGGGUGACUGGACAACGUUGAGCCUGGGGGAGGGUCAGUGCGAUAUCACAGAGGCAUGUUUGGAGGGGAUGAGAGCAGGAGAGAAAUGUGAGAUACAACUUACUCCUACUGGAACUGGACUGGAAGCCUCUGUUCGCCAGCCUUCAGAUGGAGAUCUUCCUCUCUGUGCCACUGUUGAGCUUCAAGCUUUCACUCCAGGAAAGGAAUCCUGGGAGAUGUCCCCCAUUGAAAGAUGGGAGUGGGUGAAAUCACACAAAGAGAGGGGUGGAGGUAGAUUCAGGAGCGGGGACGUAUGGGGAGCAGCCGACAGCUACAGCCGGGCCCUCAAACUCCUUAUCCCUCUUUGUGGCCUGGUUAGGGAGGUGGAAGACUGCUUGGAAGAAACACAGCAGCUUCCUUCGUCUGAUCAGCUGAAAAUCAAGAAAGCUGAGCUUCACUCCAACUUGUCUUUGUGCCAGCUGAAAUUAAACCAACCACAACGAGCCAAGGACAGUGCUGCUAAAGCCACUCAGUUAGAACCUAGCGCUUACAAAGCCUGGUACCGACUGGGCCAGGCGUGCCAAAAGCUGAAUGAGCUGGAUGAGGCCAAAGAGGCGUUUAAGAAACUCCUGGAGCUCCAGCCGGAUCUGCCUGCUGCUGUCAAGGCGCUCAAAGAGAUAACAAGUAGAGAAAAAGAAAGAAAUGUGCAGCUGGGAUUGAGACUCAGCAAAAUGUUUAGCUGAAGAUGGAGUAUUCUAAAAUUGUUUUUGUCAUCAUUGGAUCUAAGUGCAAUUAGAACACUGCCUGUCUCUACAAGUAAAGCCUUAUAACAAUAAAUACGUGUGAAUUGCUUGAA